AUACUUUAAAUCUUAGUCUAAACUUCACUGAAUGGAUCAUUUUAUGUAAAUGGCGAGGCCAUUGAAAGGCAUCUACAUAACUUACUGAUGUAGCAAUUGUAGGUCCGUUAACGCAGCAUUUUGACGGAAUUAAAUUUACAUAACUUACUUAGUCCUUCUACUGCUUGAGUGCCUUGCCACAGUCCGUGCCCUGUCCCAUGAGACCAAUCUACUCCAGCACAGCUACCACUGUCCGUCAAUGUGUCCAAGCCAUCAGAUCCUGCACAUCUUGACUUAAAGGGCAAUGUUCCUACGGCCAGUCUUCUUAUACAUGUGCUAUUAGAGAUCUCAUUUUGUCAGUGCAAAACAAAUCAUUGUGUGUAAUAUACCACUUCAUAAUUGAAAUAUCACAAUAUUCAACUUAAUUGUUUGAGGCACAGGAGUGUGUCAUGAUUUCUGGGCUGGAACAAAAGCCUGUGUACUCCAUGGCCCUCUUAAGUAAUGUCAGGAUGGAUGAUUUAGCCAGCUAACUGAGAAAGAUUGACUUGAAAUGUAAAUGGUACUGACUCAAUAUUCUCAAUAAUCCAUCAUUUACUUGAGCUUUUUUAAUAAACCAGAAAACAAACCACUAUAUCUGAAAGUUUGUUAGUUACCUGGCUAAUAUUGAUUCUGCUUUGUGACAAACACUGUAAGACUAGUUUGGCCACGCCUUCCUUCACUUAGCCAACACCUGGUGUGACGAAUCAACAGUAAUCAAUUAGUGAAAUUAAAUUCAGGUGUGCAGUUUGAUAGUCUCAAUCUCGUACUUAGUCUAGCCAUUGAUACUUAGUCUGAGUGUCCACAGGUGCAUUUAAUUGCUGCCUUUCACAGGCGCAUUUAAUUCCCUCCUUUCACAAGGUCAAGCAUGGAUGUUGCUGUCGCAGAGGAACCCCUGAGGAAAAUCUUCAGAGCAAAAAAGACUAUGAAAGUCAGCGAUCGACAGCAACUGGAAUCGCUUCACACCACUCUCUCCUCUCCAUGUUCUUUGCCAUCCCCACCUCAGCCAGUAAUGGUAAAUGGGAAGCACUGUGAAGAUGUGUCUAUGGAAGUAGAUAAAGAAAUACAUGGAACUACACAUUCCACCACUCAUGCCCCUUCCUCCCUGACGGCCACAUCCCUAACCACUGAGACCUCUGAGGAACCAACAGCCUCUGAAUUACUGGUUUCUUCAUCACAGAACAUACACUUUGAUGUAGAAGAUGUUCAGGAAGAAGGAGAGGGGGACAAGGAGUCUACAUUACCCAGCCUUGAGGUAGAAGACAAAAUGAAUGGACUGGGAAAGGUGGAUAAAAAUUCCAAGGAGGAUGUUAUUGUUUCCUCUCCUGUGAGUUCAGAGAAAGCAGUAGCAGUAAGAGAGUGUGAGGUUGAUGGUAUGGAAGUAGACCUGGUACCAGGUACCACUCCGGACACAGUGCCCAUAUUGAACCCUGCUGCCUCCCUCCUCCUGUCCUCCAACACGGCUGUAGAGUCUGUCUCUUCCCCUUCACUCUCCCCGUCAUACACGGCAGAGUCAGACCAGGAGGUCAGGCCUGGGUUCCUGGUGCUUAGUGAAGAUGAUGAUGUCCAGGAUGAGAGUGAUGAAGAGGAGGAACAGAGGGAAAGUGAAGGAAAGGUAGAAAAAGUUGAGGUUAACAUGGAGAAGCCAGAACAAUUUGAAAGUGGUGCUCCAGUUGACUGUCCGUCCCCUUCUUCACCAACGCCCCUUCAGAUUGAUGAAGAAGAGGAGGGUGUUGCUCUACAGAAGAAACGAUCCUUGUCUGGAGACUCGGAGGAUGUUGGUCAAAAGCAGGGAGAAAGAGACUUGGAAGUGGUGGAGAGGCAUCAUAAGAGGCCCAGAGUAGACUGUGAGGAGGUGGAGGCUCAUGUGGAGCUGAAGAUCAGUGGGAGCGCAGAAAGGCAACACAAGCUAAAGAAGGUGGUGCAGCAGCUUGUUGAGGAGCAGUUGUGUGUUCUGCAGCUCACACUAUUUGACAAGAGUCUUCAGGGGCUCAGAGACAGACUGGACAAAAUAGAAAAACACCCGAGUGCACUCAAGAGCUUGCAGGCAAAGAUUGGCCGACUUUCUAAGAAAGUUGGAACUGCCAUCCAGGCCAGGGAGAAUGCCAAGCCUCCAGAGGUACUGUUGCCACCUACCUCUACUUCUGCCACAGCAACCACCCAAGCAGGAUCAGGAAUUCUCAGCCUGAGAACAAUGGGGAACAACAUACCGGAUCCAAAGCCUAAUGAUCAGAGCAGUCAAACCCCUACUCCUGUACGUACUGAUCAGGGCUGUCAAACCCCUAGUCCUGUACCCACAGCCCCCUUGCUACCUUCCCCCUCUUCCACAGCCUCAGCCGGAUCUCAACCCACAUCCCAAACCUUGAUGCUGAGCACCUGUGUUACCCCAGCACCCGGCCCGUCCGCCUUCCCUCUCCAGUCAUUCCUCAUACAGCUGCCUGGUGGAGGGACAGCCAUCCUUACCAACCCAACCAACUCCCAGCUAAUCCCAGUGUGCGCACUUCCCGCCAUGACGAGUUCCACUGCGACACCCACCACUGCCUUCCUCCUGCAGAGGACUACUCCCUACACCCCUGCUGCUCCCAAGCCCCCCUCUGCUUCUGCCCUCUUAUCUCAUUUCGCUGCCACACCCACAACCACGACUACACCCACUGACUCACCAGCUGCCACAACGUCCCACAUAACCACACCCAUAGCCAUGCCCAGGGCCACAACCAUAACCACAACAACACCCUGGGCCAUACCUAUGGCCACACAUGCAACCACACCCUGGGCCACAACCAUAACCACACCCAGGGCCACAACCACAACCAUAACCACACCCAGGGCCACAACCACAACCAUAACCACACCCAGGGCCACAACCAUAACCACACCCACACGCAGGGCCACAACCAUAACCACACCCAGGGCCACACCCAAUAUCUCCCACCCUGGAGCCACUGGGACAGUCGGCAGGCCCAGCUCCAGUGUGUCUGUCUCCGUCUGUGAGUCCAUUCGGCUUGUGUCUAUGGCGAACUCCACUUCAUCCUUACCAAGAUUCUCAAUGCCAGCCACCACAGGCACUCAACCCUCUGUGCGACCAGCUGCCUCUGUGCAUCCAGCUGCCCCAGCACAACUAGCUUCCCCUGUACCACAGGUGCCUGCAAAAACAGGUAGUGAAUCUACAAAUACUCCUUCAGACUCCACGCAGGCAUCUCACCCUGCCAAAUCAGAAGCAUUCAUAGACCUGACAGAGGAGGAGGAGGAGGAUGAUGAUGACGAUGUUCUAGUUACUGGAGUGCUGAAGGCUCCGGUGGCUUUGAAGGCCUCACCCUCGCCUUCAACAGCGGGUCAGCGAACAACAGCCACCUCCACUUCAGUCGGCACACAGGCCGUGAGGUCAUCUCUUGGUCAGACUUCAGCUGUUGGAUCUCCGCAUGCUGUUUAUCAUCGCCCCCUGCAGGGCUCCCCAUCUGAAAGUAUUGCCUCCCCAACAACCACUUCUUCAUCUUCCAUACCAUGCCCCCAGCCCUCUCCCCUUCCCCCCUUGCCUGUCCCACCUCAAACUAUCAGCCUGCCCCUCGAAGCGGCCAGCACCAGCCCUCCACAGCAGCCUCUGCUCAAAAUAACCCGGGUUCCGAGCCAGAAUGACGGCAUCGUGCUCUCCUGGUCUGUGAUUGAGGUAGACAGGAGCUGUGCUGCCGUGGACAGCUACCACCUAUACGCCUACCACCAGGACCACUCUGGCCCCAGCACACACCCCCUACUCUGGAAGAAGAUCGGGGAGGUGAAGGCCUUGGCUUUGCCCAUGGCCUGUACACUUACACAGUUUGUCUCUGGCUCCAAGUACUACUUUGCAGUCCGUGCCAGGGACGUGUUUGGUCGCUUUGGACCAUUCUGUGAGCCUCAGUGCACUGACGUCUUAACGUCCCCUUCACCGAAAGCUCCAAUUUAACCAAAUGUUAAGAUUUAAGUUAAUUUGUUGUGUCAAGUCAAAACGAGGAGAAAUAUUGAUUCUGUAGAUUUUUUUUUUUUUCUUCUGGUAGCCAAAGUGAAAAGUUCAGUAAAGCUUCUGGCAAAUCUAAUUGCUCUAUUUUCAAAUGAAUGUGUGUUUGGUAUUUUUUUUAUCAGAAUUUUGCACUCAAAUCAUAUUUGAGCCCAGGUGUUUACAAGAGUGACUUAUCAUUGGAAUGUUACUGGAAAAUGUUGUUGCCCAUCCUGGUGAAAUGGGUUGGCCCCAUGUGACCACUGUCUGCCUGCUGUGUGUUUGACCACAUGGGUGCAGCAUUGUACCAAAAUGGUAUCUUUGACACAGGACGAGAGGAUUUGAAAAUCAAACCUGAAAAGGCCUGGUCCUGUUUCUGAAAGAUUAUGGAUAAAGUAUUCUUCUCCUAGUUUCCUGAAGGUAUUUGAAAACUCAAACUUUUUAUUGCAAUUGUCAGUCUAACUGAAAGAACAAACUAUGAAGGCCAGAAUGACCAUGUUAUUAUAUGGUAAUACACAGUAGUUUUGCAUCUCAUGAGACAUGAACCUGCCAAAGCCUAUGUGACCUCUUUUCCUCCUGCUCAAUUCCUGCCACUGGAGGACAUGUUCUACAGUUAAAUUAUACAUGAUCUAGGGCCUCCUGUGUCAUUUUUUUUCUAUGGAUGUAAUUGAAUGUUUUUUGAACCUUUUUGUAAUUUGGCUUGAACAGAACUAGUCAUGUUUUCAUAUUGUCAAACAAAUAACUUCAAAAAGUAGGCUACCUGCGUGUGUUCGUCUAGUCCAAAAUUAUUCCAGCAUCCUAACAUUUGAUGAGUAGAUGAAUGGGAAGAGACAUCCGUUACGAAACACCAAGAAUUGUAAUGACAUUCUGUGAUUUUUCAUUAGGUCUACACUCUUGUAGCCUGAAUUAUUUGAUGCGUCUUUGACAAAAGGACCUUUUUUGUAGAACGAAAAGUUGGGACGCCUGAAAAGGGGCUGAGAGAUGGGACUGUCCCGGGAUGACAAGUGCAGCCACGUGGAUAUAUAUAUUUUAAAACAUGACCGGCAGGGGUGUUCGUUUUAUUUUAAUAUUUACUUCUGUCGCAGUACAACUUGCAUUUUAAAGAAAUAAUAUAAUUGUUCAAUUAGUAUUAUUUAGAGACCCCGCAUUUAGGGGGCCUCACGUCUCAUUCAGGGGACCCCCCUGGACCCAAUGUAAUUCACACACUAUCUGCUGAUCGCUUUGUCUGAUAGUCUUAAUGGCUGGUUACAAACAUGUAAAUAAAUGCAUUGGACUUGACAACAGAUUGACCGAAAGGUUAAGUACCAAGAAAUAUGCAGACUAUUGUAAUUGUUCAUUAAAAUGUUUAUAAACUAUA